UGAGUGAAUUGUCAUCGAAAGUCGAAACUUAACCUAGCAGUUUCAUCUUCAAAGUUAUUUAUUUUCGUUUUAAUUCACUAAUUAUUAUCAAAAAUGGCUAAAGUUAAGAAUAAGAGGAACAACGGUUUAGCCGACAAAGUUCACAACAAGAGGAAAACCGAGGUGCACAAGAAAAAGUUGAAUCCUUUCGAAGUUCACAUCAAUAAGGAGAAAAUUAAAGUUCUGGGGAAAAAAUCCAAGCAUGAUAGAGGUUUACCAGGUGUUUCACGUGCUAAAGCCAUCCAGAAGAGGAAAGAAACAUUAGGAACAGAAAUGAAAUUAAUGAACAAGACAAAUACUUUUAUUGACCGGCGUAUUGGUGAGAAAAAUCAGCAAUUGUCUGCGGAAGACCGAAUGGUUGCCCGUUUUGCUGCUGAACGGGCCAAACAACAUAGUAGAAAAAGCAUGUACAAUUUGGCUGACGAUGAAAUACUGACACACAGAGGACAAACUCUUGAACAAAUUGAGAAGUUUGAUGACCCUAGAUCCUCAGAUGAUGAAGAUGAUGUUGCUAAAAAGUUUGGUGGACUUGAUGAUGACUUUGUAUCCGAAGGCCAUUUCGGUGGAGGAAUGCUUUCAAAAGCCGAAAAGGACGGUGCUAAAUCUCAUAAAGACUUGAUUGAACAGCUGAUAGCGGAAUCCAAGAAGCGUAAAGCAGAAAAACAGAAGGAGAAAGAACAGACAUUGGAUUUGACAGAGAAGUUGGAUAGCGAGUGGAAGGAUUUGCAACCGGUUGUUUUUAAAAGGGCUAGAGUUGAGGAGAAGGAAGAAUCGUUGAUAGACAAACUGUUGAGUCAAGCUGACAAGAAGAAUGCGGAUUAUGAUAAAAUGAUGAGGGAGCUGAGGUUUGAGAGGAGAGGAACUCCCUCAGAUGGCUUGAAGAGUGACGAAAAGCAGAAGAAAGAAGAGCAAGAAAAACUAGAGAGACUUGAGAAGGAAAGAGAGUUGCGAAUGUUAGGCGAAGACGAGGCAGCGGCGAAAAUACAACAGCCUACUGCAAAACACAGGUCUGCCGACGAUUUGGAUGACAAUUUCGAGCUGGAGGACGAAAAAGAAUUCAUGUUGGCGUACGAUAAGGAUGGAAAGCCGUUGGUCCCUGAAAAUGUGCUUAAAGACUUCUCUGUGCCCAACGCAAAGCCCAAAUUCGAUGACGGGAUAUCGGACACGUCAUCCGAAGAUGGCGAUGAUGAAGACAGUGAUGAUGAGGAAGGUGAUGAUGAUCAGAAAGCCGGUGAUAAGAGUGAAUUAGCUGAUGGAGACACAGAUGAUGAUGAUGAAGAAGGAUCUGAUGAAGAAGAAUCUGAUGAAGAAAAUGACCAGGUAGAAAUUACAAAACCAAAUAAAGAAAAGAAAACGGUAGAAUCAAAAGUUAAUAAGAAAGAAGAACCUUCAAAAAAACAAAUAACCAAUGCACAAAAAGACAUAGAAAAAAACAUAGGACUUGUACAAAACGGUAAGGAAGAAAGUUCAGAAGAAGUAGAAAAUUCUGCAGGUGAAGAUGAAUCGGGUGAUGAAGAAGGCUCUGAAGAAGAAGAAAGCCCCUCAGACGGUGAAGAAAAAGAAAAAGUGGACGAUUUUAAAGAUUUGAUAGAAUCGGACGAGGAAAGUGAAAGUGAGAAUGAGGAAGAUGAAGAGAAAAUUGGUUCAUUCUUUGACUUUAAAGCUGACGAAGAAAUGAAUUUGAAAGAACUACUCACUGGAAAGACUCCCGCGCAACACUCUUCGACAAUACAAAAACUUAUAAAGAAAUAUGACCCAAGUUUAGCAGAAAACAAUAAAGAUAAACUAAGCAGAAUAUACGCACAUAUGCUACAGUAUGUCAAUGACAUAUUCACAAACCUAAGCAACGAAGGAGACCUCAUAAAGGCAUUCCUUAUCUUCGACAGACUCGCCCCACAUUUCUAUGACUUAGCCCACACGAACAAAGUCUCCACAAAGAAAUUCAUAGGCGAAUUAUUAAAGGAAAAACACGACAAAUUCAAAAAGAACCCCAGAAAAGUACCCGACUUAGACACUUUGAUAUUUUUUAAAUUAGUGUCUUUAUUGUAUCCCACAUCGGAUUUUAAACAUCCAAUCACCACGCCAUCUUUGAUUUUCAUGUCGGAAAUUCUGACCUUGUCUAAAUUCAACACAGCUUAUGCUAUUUCAAGAGGUUUCUUUAUCACUGCACUUAUUUUAGAAUAUACAGUGUUAUCAAAAAGAUUUGUUCCGUCAGCGAUCAACUUUUUAAGAGGAAUUCUUUAUUUGUGUGCUAAUACUUCGGUUUUAAAUCCGAUACAAGUCGUCCCGCCUUUCCGAUUACACAAAGACGCCAAAAUUUUAAACUUAGAAGAGGACUGUUCCAAAAUGGAGGUCGAAAACAAAAUGGCGGCGAAAGAUUUAGUUUUAAAUGAAGUUGACAAUGGAUUUAAAGUGCGCAGCGUGUUAAUGUGUACUAUGAUGUUGCGAGAAUUUUUCGACAACUGUAAUGAGUCGGAAGCACAAGAGUUUAUAUUCGAGCCACAUUUGCAAUUGUAUAGUAGGAUAGACAUGGAGUUAUAUCCCAAGAAAGUUGCCAGUAUGGUGAAUAAAACUGUUCAGUACAUGAAGGAAGGUUUAGAGGUGAAGACUUACACGCCAUUAGCGAGUGAAAAGAAGAAACCCAAAGCUCUAAGAUUGUAUGAACCUGACAUCCAAGAAGUAUUCACCGGAAGCAAGAGCGCGAAGCUUCCUCGGGAGAUGGCAGAGAGGAGACGGUUAGAGACAAAGGUCAAGAAGGAGAUGAAGGGAGCCCUCAGAGAGAUCAGAAGAGAUAAGGCUUACAUCGCCUCUGUUAAGAUCCGCCAGAAGAUUCAUAGUGACAAUAUACGUAAGGAGAAGGUGAAACAAAUCUACAAAGACGCGUCUAUCCAACAGGGAGAACUAAAUAAAUUGAAACGAAUGAAAUAAUACGCAAUUUUGUAUAUUUUCUUUUGUAAAUAUAAAAUUAAAUAUAAACAUGCAAAAA